AUGAGUCCAAGUGUCGAUUUAAUCCUGGAGUCGUUCAAAGAAUUAACAAAAAGGAAGAUAAAGAGAUAUGCAAACGUGUGGUCAACUAAGAUAUCGGAGCUGUACGCAGUGAAGGAACGCAUAAACCACAACUAUGUUCCACUGAUAUCCAAAUGUUUCCUGGUAAACAACCUACUCCAUGACCAGAAAGUUCAAGGUAUAAUGAGGCACGUGCUGCCUCAGAUAAUAGGCAGAAAGGGGCUGUCAGUUGAAGACUAUUCCCUGAUAUCGUAUGUGUACUCGUGUAUUGACGAAAACGAGACUUCGGAUGCAAUAAUCUCAAACAACUACUCAGAAGAUGUGAUAAAAUCGGCAUCAGACCAGGAUUUGUUAACAUUUCUGAGGACAGUGGCGCUGGUCAUGAGCAGGAAACUCCUCGGGAAAGUUGAUUCGGGCUCGAACGUAGUGCCAGAAAUAUCGAAUCAAAUACUGGACUUUUUGUGGACCAAGGUCAAGUCAGUAAACACAAGAUAUAUGUCGGAGUCAGUAGAGUAUAUGCAGUUUUCAGAGUUGUUGUUGGAGACAAUAUUCAUCGCAGAUUUGCUGCAAAGGCUGGAAAGGGAGGCCUUGAACCAUGAAAUAAUCGACUACGGGUCGAUAUUCUCGCUAAUUAAAGUGAGUCACCUGCUCCCGCGAGAAAAUAAACGGCGAGUUGUGGAAAGAAUAGACACCUCGGACUACAAUACAGUUCUGGACAUACUGAGGAGAAUUCACUACUUCAAGCUGCCGGAAACGCGUUUUAUCAACCACCUGUUCAACAGGCUGUGCAACACGCCAGGUGAGAAAAGUGAACAACUAACAUCCGCUGUAGCGAAGUCGAAAAUGUGUAGGAGUGAGAGCAUGAGUUACCUCAACGCCACUCUGGACAGGAUCGACGGGAGCAUGAAUUUGAGUUUGGAGGACCGGGAACACCUGAAGAGGCUCCAGGUGCACCUUAAAGCAAUCAAGGGCUCACGCGUGUUGGAAAAUCCGCACAGGUCCCGAAUCAGGUGGAACUACCCGUGUUUCAUAGCGUAA